AUGGGUCCUCCACCCUGUAGAUUAGGAGACCACCUGGAAGUCUUCAUUAGAAAGCUCAACACAGCAGUGGUGAAGAAGUCAGAUGUGGAGACCAUCUUUGACAAGUAUGACCGUAUGGCCAGCUGUUUUGUGCAUAAGGGCUGUGCCUUUGUCCAGUAUGCUACCAGUAUGCACCAUGCCUACCUGGGCUGCUAUGCUGGGAGAAAAUGGGCAGGUGCAUGGCUGGAUAUCAACAAACUCAAUAGACCCAAAGGGCUGAAGAGACCAGCAUCCGCCAUCAACAGUGGUUACAGCUUUGAUUAUGAUCACUACUUGGAAGACUUCUACCACAGCACAGCAAAGAUCAAUCUAAAGAGCAUUGAGCUGAUGGCCAUUAAGACAGACCUGACACAGAUUAAAUCUAACACUGACUCCCUGCUGGGUCCUAUGAAGCAGAUCGCGACACAGAAGGCCAAGCCAGAUGGCAAGAACAAGGUGACAACAGCAACAACAGUGGUGGCGGUGGCUGAUGGCAUUGGGAGUGGAGUUGGUGAUGGCAGUGGCACCACCCAGCCACCAGCUCCCAUAGAGAACACUCCUUCUGAGACUUGCAUGCCUCUGACAGAAGCACAGUCUCGAAAAGAUAGUGAUGAAGAGGGAUACUGA